GAUUGUAUGCAUUUAUUGCAAUAUUUGAUACACUAUUUUGUGUGUCGUUUACCACACGUGUCAACACAUAUCACAUAAUAUUAAUAUUAUUGAUAGCAUUGCCGGCAGUUAUACACCGCAAUCAUGUCUUCAACAGCUGAAGAAGCCAAUGACAUACCUUCUGUUUUGCCGAAGAAGUUGACACAUAAAGAGAAGAGAAAACUAAAGUUAGAAAAGCAAAGAGAGGCCGAAGAGGCAGAAUUAGUGGCCAGACUUGACUCAAACUUUACAGUUUCAACUUCAGCCACUGCUUCGACACAAUUGUUGGACAACUCUUUAAAAGUUGAAUGUUUUACGAUAAGCGCCGCCGGGAAAGAGCUCUUAGUUAAUGCUUCCCUAUCUAUAACAAUGGGUCGCCGUUAUGGUCUUAUAGGACCUAAUGGUCACGGAAAGACAACUCUUAUGCGACACAUUGCCGAUAAAAAAGCACUUCAUUUGCCACUAGAGUUAGACGUAUUGUUGUGCGAACAGGAAGUGAUGGCGGAUGAGACAAGUGCUGUGGAUGUUGUUCUCAGAAGUGAUGUCGAAAGAGUUAAAUUACAAGAAGAAUUGGACCAAUUAUUAGCCAGUGAUGGUAAUAGUGAUAAAAUUAAUGAAAUCUAUCAGAAGUUAAGCGCAAUGGGCGCCGAUAGUGCCGAAGCCAGAGCUCGUCGUAUAUUAGCGGGUCUGGGAUUUACUGCCGAAAUGCAAAACAGAGCGACAAAGAACUUCAGCGGUGGUUGGAGAAUGAGGGUAUCACUGGCCAGAGCUCUCUUCAUGGAACCAACUCUUCUACUUUUGGACGAACCGACCAAUCAUUUAGAUUUAAAUGCCGUCAUUUGGUUAGACAAUUAUUUACAGAACUGGAAGAAGACAUUAAUAGUUGUGUCACACGACCAGUCAUUUUUAGAUAAUGUUUGUUCAGAUAUUAUACAUUUAGAUCAACAAAAAUUAUUUUAUUAUAGAGGAAAUUAUACACAAUUUAAGAAAAUGUAUGAACAGAAAAAACGAGAAUUUAAGAAAGAUUUUGAAAAACAAGAAAAACAAAUUAAAGCACUUAAAGCCAGCGGUAAGUCAGGAAAAAUAGCAGAAAAACAUGUUAAAGAACAACAAAGACAAAAACAAGGAGAAACUCAAGUCGGGGAACUGCUUAAGAGACAUAAAGAAUAUGUGGUUAAAUUCAAGUUCAAUAAUGCGCCUCCACUUCAACCACCAAUUCUUGGUUUACAUGACGUAGACUUUGGUUACGAUCAAAAGUAUUUAAUAUUUAAAAGCAUUGACUUUGGUAUCGAUAUGUCCAGUCGUAUAGCUAUUGUUGGUCCCAAUGGUGUCGGCAAAAGUACUUUCUUAAAGUUAUUGAGUGGUGAAGUGCAACCACUAAAGGGUGAGAUGAGAGUCAAUCAUAGGGCAAGAAUUUCUAAGUUUGAUCAGCACUCUGGAGAACACCUGACUACUGAAGAAACGCCUACCGAAUACUUGAUGCGAAUCUUUAACCUGACCUAUCAGGAGGCCCGCAAGCAAUUGGGCUCUUUUGGUCUUAUAUCGCACGCACAUACCAUACCCAACUUACAACUCAGUGGUGGCCAAAAAAGUCGGGUAGCUUUAUGUGAAAUGGCGUUAAAGGGUCCACACGUUCUCAUAUUAGAUGAACCGACAAAUAACUUAGAUUUAGAGUCAAUCGAUGCGUUGGCCAAAGCUAUCAAUGAAUUUGAAGGCGGAGUUAUUGUAGUCACACAUGACGAGAGACUCAUUCGGGAAACUGAUUGUCAGCUUUGGGUUAUUGAACACCAGAAUAUUGAUGAAAUUGAUGGCGACUUUGAUGACUAUAGGGAGGAAAUUCUCAAUGCAUUGGGAGAAAAAGUCAAUAACCCAUCCGUUUCGGCACAAAUGGCCGGAGCUGUGUAAUGGCAUAACAAAAAUAUUCCUAAUAUAUUGAUAACCAAUUUUCAGCAAUUUUCAAUUUCGGUAUGCUUCCAAUGGACACUAAGUUAUUUUUUAAAUGUUUUUUAUUGAUAUCAAU